GUAUUUAAUCGGCAGUUAACGUUGUGUGCUGUUGCCGGCCAUUACCGGCGAAUAUGUGAUUAAUUUAACACGUUUAAUCGGACGAUACGUAUGAAUGUAUAAGAAAAGUAUUUAAUUGACGAUGAAUUUAACUACGGGAAAUCCACAUGGCAAUGGUCUGCUUUACGCUGGCUUCAAUCAAGAUCAAGGAUGCUUCGUUUGCGGUACAGAAAAUGGUUAUAGAGUAUACAAUUGCGAUCCUCUGAAAGGAAAGGAAAAAGAACGGCAUGAUUUUAAUGAUGGUGGUCUUGGUUAUGUUGAAAUGUUAUUUAGAUGUAAUUAUUUAGCUCUCGUUGGUGGUGGGCCAAAGCCAAUGUAUCCUGUUAACAAAGUUAUUAUAUGGGACGAUUUAAAGAAAGCACCAGCUAUCACACUGGAAUUUAAUGCACCUGUAAAAGGUGUUAAAUUAAGAAGAGAUAGGAUAGUAGUAAUAUUAGAAGGUGUUAUAAAGGUUUAUACUUUUACGCAAAACCCACAGCAAUUGCAUGUAUUUGAAACUAAUCCCAAUCCAAGAGGAUUAUGCGUUUUGUGUCCGAACAGUAACAAUUCUUUGCUUGCAUUCCCAGGACGUAAAAAUGGUCAUGUUCAAGUUAUAGACCUAGCAAACACAGAAAAACAACCUUUAAACAUAGAAGCACACGAGACACCAUUAUCAUGCAUAGCUUUAAAUCUACAAGGUACUCGACUUGCUACAGCUUCUGAAAAGGGUACUCUGAUAAGGGUAUUCGAUACACAGAGCGGUAAUAUGAUCAAUGAAUUACGAAGAGGAGCUAAUCAUGCUAAUAUAUACUGCAUAAAUUUCAAUCACGAUUCGACGUGGUUAUGCGUUGCGAGUGACCAUGGCACGGUACAUGUAUUUGCAGUAGAGGAUCAGAAAUUGAAUCGUCAAUCUAGUUUAGCAUCAGCUACUUUUUUACCAAAGUAUUUUAGUUCGAGCUGGAGUUUUUGCAAAUUUCAAGUUCCAGGUGGUCCUCAAUGCAUGUGCGCAUUUGGUACUGGCAGUAAUAGUAUUAUAGUUAUAUGUGCCGAUGGGAGUUACUACAAAUUUGUAUUUAAUAACAAAGGAGAGUGUACGCGAGACUUUUAUGCUCAGUUCCUCGAAUUAACGGAUGACAAAAUGUGACUGAUAAAUAUAAGACGUAUGAAUCUUUCAUUACAAAAUGCCAAUGCAACUUAUUUGUUGUCAUCGUACGUCUUCUUGUCGUUGCUUUUGUUUUACGUGUCAAUUGCGAAGGAUAGAAAUUUGCGAUACAUUUACGCGUCGUCGUGACUGUCGUAUUUGCUCCUGUAUAAAAAAAAAAAAGAGAGAGAGAAAAAGAAAGAAAUACAAUUAUAUUAUUGUGAGACAGAGAGAGAGAGAGAGGGAAGCAAAAAAAAAAAUGAAUCAUAAAUCUUUGAAAAAAUAAUGAAAUCCAUUCGACGGAAAGAGGACCAAAAUGAAAAGUAUUCUAUGAAUUGUUGGUGAUACGUGCACUGUGCAUGAAUUUUUUCCAUAAUAAUUAUUAUUAUUAUAAUAAUAAUAAUAAUAAUAAGGAGAUAAAGAUGAAGAAGAUGAUCCAAGGAAUAUUAUAUCAUUUAUUGUUACCAUGGGCCUAGCGAGAAGGAAAGUUAAAAUGGAGAAGAAGUGCGCUUUCUUACUAAAUUUACGAAUUCUCUAAUUGUCAC